AUGGUGGAAAAACUUCACGAGUACCAAGGCCCGAUAGGUAUUUUACAUACCUGGAGAGAUUUGUUAAGAGAUAAAUGGGAUGGAUGGAAGGAAAAACGGCCUAGAACACUUUUAGAGCUCUUACAGUCAUUAGGUUUGGCCGAACGUCCAGAAAACCAAAAAGAGGAUGAAUGUCCACCUGAAGUUGAUAUGGAACAGUACUCUCACAUAUUUAGAAAAAAGACUAGAAGGGAACUUGUACGCAUAUCCGCUGCUGUGAUGGGAAUUGAAUUUUCGUAUGCAGCAGAAACAGCAUUCGUAUCUCCAACACUUUUGAACAUUGGAGUCGACCAUCAACAUAUGAGUCUUGUAUGGGCUGUAUCUCCUUGCAUUGGAUUUUUCGUCACGCCCAUAUUAGGAUCUUUAAGUGACAGGUGUACACUUCCGUUGGGACGACGCAGACCAUUUCUCAUAAUGCUAGCUUGUGGGGUAUUUUUAGGUCUAAUAUUGGUGCCAAAUGGAAAAUUAUUGGGACAUUGGGUGGAAGGUGAUUUAGCACCAGGAAACAAUUUCUGGGCAAUUUUUUUUACAGUGCUAGGUACGGUACUGUUAGAUUUUGAUGCAGACGCUUGUCAAAGCCCAGCAAGAGCUUAUCUUUUAGAUAUUUGCGUACCAGAGGAUCACGCCAAAGGUCUAAGUACGUUCACGAUAAUGGCCGGUCUAGGAGGAUGUAUCGGUUAUCUUUUAGGUGGAAUUGAUUGGGACUCGUUGAAAUUUGGAGAAUUGAUGGGCGGCCACGUAAGAGCGGUUUUCACAUUAGUCACUUUUCUUUUUAUUGGUUGCGUAACUUAUACUGUAAGCAGUUUCAAAGAGAUGCCAUUAAAAUUAUUAAGGUCCAAUCAAACAAGAAUAUUGAUCACCGCAGCUGAUGAAGAUUUUGAUGUAGAAAAUAAACUCACUGAAUACGCACCAAAGUCAUAUGGUACUUUAAAAGAUGCUGUUAGUGAAAAUGAAAUCGAGAAUAACGAACCACGUCUUAUACCUGAACAUGCAACGUUUGGCCACUACUUGAAAACUAUAGUCGUAAUGCCCAAAUCCAUUAAGUUAUUGUGUCUGACAAAUUUGUUCUGUUGGAUGGCUCAUGUUUGCUAUUCGUUAUACUUCACAGAUUAUGUGGGCGAAGCUGUAUUCGGAGGCGAUCCCACAGCUUUAAUGGGGACCGAGAAGAAAAUACUUUACGAACAAGGUGUGCGAUUCGGAUCGAUCGGUAUGGCGAUGUAUUCGCUAUCGUGUGCGUGUUAUUCAAGCGUAAUUGAAAGACUUAUAAAACGAUUUGGGGCCAAACGGGUGUACGUCGGAGGUCUACUGUUUUAUUCUACCGGUAUGUUUUUAAUGGCCAUCACACGACACAAGUUUAGCGUGAUAUUUUUCUCCUGGGCAGCCGGUGUGAUGUACUCUACGAUGUUCACAAUGCCGUAUUUGCUGAUCGCCCAUUAUCACUCGACCAACACGUUUGUUGAAAAUGUCAGUGGUCAAGAAUCAGAUGAUCAAGUCAGAGGUUUGGGCACAGACGUAGCUGUGGUCAGUUCCAUGGUGUUCGUGGCUCAGUUCAUACUGUCCAUGUGUAUGGGAACAAUUGUCAGCAUAUCCGGGACGACUUCGGCUGUCGUUUACACUGCAUCGUUUUUAGCGUUUUGUGCUUCGAUAGUCGCUUAGCAAAUCGUGUAUUUAGAUCUUUAAAACCAACAAUCUCAGAAUCCCAGAAAAAAAUGCCUAUUAACAUAUUUGAUUUUUCCACUAGUUACAUAUUUUGCUUCACUAAAAUAUAAUCACAUAAUAUUAUAUCAACAAAAUAAUCAUUUUUAUUCGUUUUAUAUACCACUAUGAACUUUAACUUAUAUAAUUACUUAAAUGGUAUAUCAAAAAUCCGUAUCUAAAUGAAAUAUCACAUACCUACCUAUUGUUGUUUAUCAAUUGUUCUUUACAAAAUUAAUUUCGCUUAAUGUGUAACCCUUAAAAUACAAUCCACUACAUACUAAAAUAUUUCACUUAAAGACGACGAUGAAUUACAUGCUAUGUGUUAAUUUUAUUAAAUAAGAAGUUCAAGACAAGAAUUUAAUCAACAAAGGUUUUGUUACUCAUUUAAUCUUUUACACAUCAACAUUUUAAACUUAGACAUGUUGUAGUUCAAUUAUUUGAAGAACGAUUUUUACCAAUAUCUUGAAUGAAAUAUCUACUAUUUUAUACACAAUUUAAGAUAAGAAUUAUAUAUAGGUAUACCUAUUCAGGAUUUCUAAAGUU